UCACUGGAAAAGUCGUCGUAUCGAGAGAUGGAAAGUAAAACCCUUGAAGUAUCUACACCUGAGCUGCGGAAGGCAGUUGCAGGCCUGCUGAAGUUAAUCAAAGUGGCCGAUAAAAAAUCGGACAUACUACAAGAAAGAGAGAGGAUUAAUUUACAAAUCAACAUGAAGAAAAUUCCUAACAUGCCAGAACUGACCAUUCAGAUGAAUCUACCACAUGGACUUUUUACACCUGACACUGAUGUCUGUCUGUUCGUCAAAGACCUAGAUAAGACAAGUCGUGAGUUUGAACUGACAGAGGACCAUUUUAGGGACAUGCUGGUAGACAAGGGAGUUAACUGCAUCCGAAAAAUUAUACCACUAAAAGAACUGAAGUUGGAAUACAAGCCAUUUGAAGCCAAGCGUAACUUGUCCAAUGAAUUUGGUUUGUUUUUAGCAGAUAAGCGGAUCAUGAGACUUUUGCCGUCUCUACUUGGAAAGAAUUUUUAUGGAAGAAAGAGAAACCCCAUUCAGGUGGAUCUGGAGGCUAAAAAUUUGAAAGCUGAGGUGACAAAGGCAGUAAACAGUACCAGAUGUAUCAUCAAGAACAGAGGGUCUUCAAGCGUGGUGACCAUAGGACACACAGAACAGUCAUGUGAUCAGAUUGUAGACAAUGUACUGAAGGCCAUUGAGCUGCUAUCACAAAAAUUCCCAGGGGGACCAGACAACAUCAAAAGUCUUCAAGUCAAAACAGACACCUCUAUGUCCAUUCCAUUUUACAUGUCACUUGAUAUCGGAGAAUCUGUUGUGUUUCCUGAAAGAAAAAGAGCUAAAAAGCAGUUUGUCAUAGAAGAGGUCACUACAGUUACAAAUGGAAAGGUUAAAGUCACAGAGGAUGGUCGAGUCAGGAUAAUUAAGAGUGGUGGCAGUAAAAAGAGAAAGAACAGGAAGAGGAACUCUUCAGAGAUCAAAGGUGAAAAAAGUGGGGAGAAAAAAGAAGGUAUUAUUGAAGGAGAGGAGGAGGUGGAAAUUAAGAUAGAAUAUGACUCCCAAGAAGAGAUGAAUGAAGAGCCUGCACAGAAAAAAGCUAAGAAAACACCCAAGAGAGAUUCCAAGAAAACAGAAGCCCCUGCUGGAAAAAUGAGAACACCAAUGGCUACAGAUAUUGGUUCAUCUUUAGAUAAGGAAGAUCAGAAAUCAGGCAAAAAGAAAACUCCAAAGUCCUUAGGUUCAGCACAGAUGGAUGUACAGUACACUCAAACAUUUAACAAAACAUCCUCUCAAAAUUUAAAGAAAACACCGAAGUCACAAAGGGCAAAGAAAGAAAUGAAUAUUGAAACUGUUAUAAAGCAGGAGGAUGAAGAUGAAAAACUUCAGGCAGUACAAACACCAUUAAGUGUAAAGAAAUCUAAAGGAAAAACACUUAAAAGUCCAGCAAUAGACACUGCUGAAAAGAAAACUCCUAAAAGUGAAAUCAAACAGAAAGUGGCAGGAAAAACACCUAAGAGUGUCACCAUAGAAAAGACAGCCAAGAAAUUGAAAGAAGUCACCCCUCCUACAGUGAAAAGACUACAAACCAAAGUAAAAACAGUGACACCUGGCACACCAUCAAGGAAACAGAAGAAAAACUGAUGUUGAAAAUGUGUAAUAUUGAAAGAUUAAUUUUUAGCUAACCUGAGCCAAAGGCUCAA